AUGCCUCACGGGGGCUACGACGAUGGUGAGCUCGAGAUUUCUCUCGCUCCCUCUGCGAACCGGCGCGCCCAGAACAAACCCCCCGAUGCCAGCUCACGCCGCCCAAAUGGCAACGACCACUGCUCCGCUGAGCCAGCGCCUCAGAAGCAGAAGGCCGAACAGCGUAUCGGUGCCUACCAGAUUAUCAAGACCCUGGGAGAAGGCUCCUUUGGCAAGGUCAAGCUGGCGGUCCACCGCAUCACGAACCAGCAGGUCGCGCUGAAGAUCAUAGCGAGGAAGAAGCUCAUCAGUCGGGAUAUGGCUGGCCGCGUGGAGCGGGAGAUUGAGUAUCUGCAACUGCUCAGACACCCCCAUAUCAUCAAGCUGUAUACCGUCAUCAAGACGCCACUCGAAAUCAUUAUGGUGCUCGAAUAUGCCGGCAGCGAGCUCUUCGACUACAUCGUCCAGAAUGGCAAGAUGAAGGAGGAUGAGGCGAGGAGAUUCUUCCAGCAGAUCAUCUGCGCCGUCGAAUACUGCCACAGACACAAGAUCGUGCAUCGAGAUCUCAAGCCCGAGAACCUGCUCCUAGACGAGAACUUGAAUGUCAAGAUUGCGGAUUUUGGGCUGAGCAAUAUCAUGACGGACGGCAAUUUCCUGAAAACCAGUUGCGGUAGCCCGAACUAUGCGGCUCCGGAAGUCAUCAACGGCAAAUUAUACGCUGGUCCUGAAGUCGAUGUGUGGAGUUGCGGCGUCAUUCUAUAUGUCUUGCUGGUUGGAAGAUUACCCUUCGACGACGAACACAUCCCUUCUCUCUUUGCAAAAAUCGCCAAGGGACAUUACGUGGUUCCAAAUUAUAUGAGCUCGGGAGCUUCGUCACUGAUCAAGAAGAUGUUGGCUGUGAACCCGGUUCAUCGAGCUACGAUUGAAGAUAUUCGACAGGAUCCGUGGUUUGUCAAGAACCUACCGGCGUACUUGCAACCUCCUGUCGAAGAGUUCUUGGAUACCGGUGUGGAUCCCAGCAAGGCUAUCACUCCGAGGCUGAUAGCUCCGCACGCUAGUCCAGCUGUCCAGGAAAAGCUCCAUGACCAGGUCACCGAGAAGAUCAGUAAGACGAUGGGUUACGGUAUCAAGGACGUUCAGGAAGCUCUGGCUGCUGAGGAACCAUCUGCUAUCAAGGAUGCGUAUUUGAUCGUCAGAGAGAAUAAGUUGAUGCAAGCUAAUCGUGAGUCCCUGUUGUCUCCUGGGGGUUCUUGUCCAGGUGAAUUUACACUAAGAAACCAACGUCUUCUAGCAAAUCUAUCGGAUGACAAGGGUCAACUGCUGUUUCAAGUACCCUCCCCACCAGCUUGGAAUGACGGGAUCAAGCUGGGAAAUAUUAUCUCUGCACCGUCUUCGCCAAUCGUCAAGGAGCCGCAUGGCAGUCCCGUAGCUCAUGGCAGUCCAACGAUACUUCCUGUACGUCCAAGUCCACUUGUAGAUACAGUGUCGCCUUUGUCCUCUAGUUCCAUCACAACAGAAAGAAGUACUCGCCCUUAUGUUAGCAAGAUCGGCAUCCUGCCCAGCAGUCUACCAGCGUACCACCGAGAUUUCAUGGAAGCCAAGCACACCGGCAGAAAUAUUGGCAGUACGCUCUCGACGGCACAUUCAGAAAUCGACGAACCACAACCACAGACCGAUGCCGAGAAGGCAGAAACUGCUCGUCGCCUCAAUCCGCAUUCUCGCAGUCAGCUCAAGCUAGAGGAAGCUAGCAAGAGACCUGCAGGUAUGACUCCAGUUCCCCAAAAGAAAGCAAAGCCUACCAAGUGGCAAUUUGGUAUUCGAUCACGGAAUCAACCGCUUGAGGCAAUUGGGUGUAUCUAUAGAGCUCUCCAAAAGCUUGGUGCCGAGUGGACUGUAGAUGAAGAUUGGGAGCCUUUCCGAAGAGACCCUGUAGGAGAUGACAGCUUCGUAUCUAACGGAAGCGGAGCUUCGUUACAUCACGCCGAGUCUAUUGGCCCGAACGAUCGCUCAUCAUCGAACAUACGUUUCGGUAACGUAGAUCCAAAAGCCAGCUACAAACUCCCCGCGGACCCCUGGGUUAUCCGCGUCCGGUGGAAGAAGGAGGGCAUGUAUCCUCCUGGAUCCAUGUAUCCUGGAUCCACCCACUCAUCCUCGAUAGACCUACGACGCCAAUCCAUCGCCUCUCUGGGCAGCGCUACUGGUUCCUCCCCUUCCCAAGACGUUUCAUCACCUCCAAGAUCCGCCUCCAAAAUGGAUCCAGUUGAUAGCGUGGUCAUGCACCUUGACAUCCAACUCUACGAAAUGGAGCUUGGAGUUUACUUGGUGGACUUCAAAUGUGCCGGAUACGAAACUGCUGAGGGCACGAUGUUCGAGGAGAAGGACAUUACCUCACCAUUCCCUUUCUUGGAUCUGGCAUCCAAGUUGAUCAUACAACUCGCAGAAGCUGACUGA